CGGCUUUCAGUAUCCGCGCAGACGUUGUCGCGGCCAGUCGUGUUUGUCGUGUUGUGCGGUGUGCGUUUCCGUGUGACUAUGUGUAACUCUGUGACAAGUCUGUGAGCGACAGGAGCAGCAGGGUGAAAAUUCCGUCCACGUGUGACAGGCUGGCGAUAGACCAAAGGAUGAAAUACACAAAAAUAUUCGAAGAGUACUCACUUGGAUACUGAACUGACAACUUGAUUGUUCCCCGUUUUCUGAGAUCUGGUAUCACCAAUUGCUACUGGCGCGUACAUUUCUCUCACAACGACAGCGACGGAAAGAGAUGUAAAAAAAGCGAUUUUUGAUUAACAAACGAAAAUUGCGGACGUCUUGAGAAUCAGCACUUGAAGAAUCAGCAUUCGAUAAUAAAUCUCAAGAAGUGACAGAAAUUUGCGCGGUAUCGAUCCAGUGGCUGAUAUCUUGCUUUUGUUUCAAGAGGAUCAACGAAGAUACAGAUAAAACCGCCAUAAUCGAUCGUGGGAAAUCAAAGAUACAACGAGAUACGUGAAGUGCUACUUUCAAUCUGAUUAAAAUCGUGCGAAGAGAUCGCGCAUUGUGUUAAGGGGCUGAUAAUCUUAGUGUUUCAAAGACAAUCUUUCAUGAUAAGUGAAAGUAGGAUAUUAAUAUCGUACAUUGUUAAUACAGUGAAUAAUUUUUUAGCCACUAGAAAAAAAAUAUCAAGCUGACGCGUGUGUCGAUAUCUGAUAAGUUAAUCCAUCAUUUAUAAUCGUGGUUGAAGUGGCAGUGCGCGCGAGUUAAUGCCGCGCGUAAGAACUGAUGGAUUCAACGAAAAUCAACUCGAAGCCAAAUCCAAGGGAGAAGGCGAAUAUUAUAUCAGUCUUGCUGUGGUUAUGGACCCUUAAAUUAUUCCGGACAGGCUACAAGAAAGUUCUAGAAACAGAAGACUUGUUCGAUCCUCUGAAGAGCGAUCGAGCGAAUUUACUCGGCAAUCGGUUAGAAAAACGAUGGUACAUCGAGCUGGAAAACUCGAGGAAAAAGAAACGCAAACCGAGUCUGUUAAGGACUAUUUUCCGCACAUUUAUAUAUGAGUAUACUCUACUUGGGUUGAUACAGAUUCUUAAUGAGUUUAUAAUAAGAUUAGGCACGCCGUUACUGCUGGGAGGUCUCCUGCGCUACUUUCGGAAGGAUUCAACGGAAAGCUACGAGAAUGCUCUAUGGUAUGGGGCUGGCAUUUCCAUAGCUACUGUCAUAUAUGUGAUAAGCGGUAAUCAGACGAUCUUUGGUGCUUUUCACGUAGGUGCAAAAGUUCGCACAGCCGUCUGUUCCGUGAUAUACAGAAAGGCUUUACGUCUGAGCAAAACCGCAUUGGGUGAAACGGCACCGGGAAAAGUGGUCAAUCUAGUGGCCAACGAUGUCAAUAGAUUUGAUCUGGUCACCAUCUUUAUCCAUCACAUGUGGUCGGCGCCGUUAUGCACCAUAAUCGUGGGUUAUAUUCUUUAUGCGGAGGUUGGCUAUGCCGGUUUAAUCGGUAUCGCCAUCAUCUUCGUGGUGGUACCAAUUCAAUCCUACACCGGCAAGCUCUCGUCAAAGUUCCGUCUGCAGACUGCCAUCAAGACGGACGAGCGGGUCCGGCUGAUGGACGAGAUUAUAUCCGGGGUGCAGGUGAUCAAAAUGUAUGCUUGGGAGAAGCCGUUCUGCGCUAUGGUCGAACUUGCGCGCAAGCUCGAGCUGCAGGUGGUCACCAAGAGUUCGUACAUCCGCGGUAUCUACAUGUCAUUUAAUCUUUUCACAACUCGCAUGGCGCUUUACUGCACACUCGUGACGAUGUUGUUGAUCGGGAACGAGCUGACCGCCGACAAGAUUUUCGUUAUCAUGUCUUACUACAAUAUUCUCGCGCACACCAUGACCGGCAUGUUCGUGCGUGGGAUCGCUGAGCUGGCCGAGUGCAAUGUCGCUAUACGUCGGCUCCAGCGCUUCCUCAUGUACGAGGAAUUCCAGAGCACGAACGUCGUUAUGUCUAAGUCGUCUUCCGGCUACGCCAGCAUUAAUUCGGAUCACAGGAAGAUGAGCAAGCUGGAUCUGCCUUUUAUCGACGAUGACGUCAUGGAGAACAAUGAUAAUACGAACGGAAGUACCGAUCGCCUAAGGCACAACGGACUAGUGAUUGUCGCCAGCGACUUGUUGAAGAACACUGCUAGUCUCGUUGCGGGGAAGACGCGGUCGUCCGUGUGCGACGAUAACUGCGCUAUCAAAAUGAUCAACGUGACCGCUAAAUGGGAGGAGAGGCAGCAGGAAAGCACGCUGGAGAAUAUAAAUCUAACGAUAGAGAAGGGCAAGCUGUAUGCAGUGAUCGGCAUGGUGGGCAACGGAAAGAGUUCUUUCCUAUCCGCGAUUCUGGGCGAGAUCGGCCUGACUGGCGGCCAGAUAAAGGUCAACGGUGAUAUCAGCUACGCCAGUCAAGAGGCCUGGGUUUUCGGCUCUACUAUCCGGCAGAACAUACUCUUCGGACAGCCCUACAAUCGCCAUCAAUAUCAAAAUGUGGUCAAGGCUUGUGCCUUGCAGCGUGACUUCAAGCAGUUCUCGCAAGGCGAUCAGACUAUCGUCGGUGAACGGGGCAGCUCGCUAUCUGGUGGUCAGAAAGCUAGGAUCAACUUGGCCAGGGCUCUGUACAGGCAGUCGGAUAUCUAUUUGUUAGAUGAUCCUCUGAGCCAGGUCGAUGCACAUGUUAGCAAACAUUUGUUUGAAGAGUGCAUUCAGAAAUAUCUAGCCGGGAAGACGAGAAUCUUGGCGACGCAUCAGUUGCAAUAUAUAGUGGGAGUGGAUGCUAUCAUAUUGCUCGAGCAGGGCAAAAUGACGUACUUCUCACACUAUCAGGAUCUGUUAGCUUACCGACCUGAGUAUGGAAUACUUCUGGCCGCAGAGAACGAAGUAAACGACGACACAGAGAAAAAGAUGGAUGACAUAAGACGACAGUUUUCCUCCUCGAGUAACAGAAGUCGCACACCGGAUAUCAGCAGUGGUGGCACAGACGACGAAGACGAAGAUGAAGACCCCGAAAGGCUGCAUGACGGUCUCGAGGGGACAUCGCGCGGAAUAGUUAAGGGACCUAUAUUCAUCAAAUUCUUUCGAACCGGUACUAAUCUAAUCCUGGCUUUUGGUGUUUUGCUCCUAUUUAUCAUUACACAAUGUAUCGUCAGCUACAACGACUACUUUGUGCCUAUCUUAAUCAAUUCCGAGGAGGCGCGACAUUAUCAAACUAAACUUAACAAUUGGAAUCAGACGGAAUCAAAUGUCAAUGGGACGAAUUACGACGAGGAAAUCGAGUGGUCGGUGAAAAAAGACAUCUACAUCUAUACAGGUAUCGUGCUGGGCAUCUUCAUCAUCGCCAUCACUAGGUCGUUGGUCUUUUACAAAACAUGCAUGACGUGCAGCCAGCGUCUACACGACAUGAUGUUCAGCGCGCUUAUCCGCACGGGGAUGCGAUUCUUCGAUACAAAUCCGAGUGGCAGGAUCCUUAACAGAUUCUCUAAGGAUAUGGGCGCCAUUGACGAAUUGCUACCCAAAGCAAUACUGGACGCCGGCCAGAUGAACAUGAUGAUGCUGGGUUCUGUGGUGGUAAUCUGCGUGGUUAAGCCCAUUUUUCUAGCGCCUGUCGUUUUCAUCAGCGUAAUAUUCUACUUGAUGCGUAAAGUCUAUCUUAAGACCAGCAAGAAUGUUAAGCGACUCGAAGGGAUCGCACGUUCGCCAGUAUUCACUCAUUUAAAUGCAACAUUGAAUGGUUUAACGACCAUCAGAGCAUACUGUGCCCAAGAAAUACUCAAACGGGAAUUCGACAAGUUGCAAGAUGUACAUACUUCCACUGUUUACAUGUACAUCGUAACGAGCACUGCAUUUGGAUUUUUCUUGGAUAUAUUUUGUUUUCUCUUUACUACAAUCGUCAUUUUCACCUUCUUGCUAUUCAGUCAAAACUUUAGUGGCGGCGAAGUAGGAUUGGCCAUUACACAGGUAAUGUCAAUGACUGGAAUAAUCCAGUGGGGAAUGCGACAAAGCGCGGAGGUUGAGAACCAAAUGAUGGCAGUAGAACGCGUGCUCGAGUACAUUCAGCUUUCACCGGAGCCAAAUUUGAAAGAUCGAGGAGCGUUCCUAAAGAAGAAGGACAAGCAAAAUCUAGCGUUGCCAGCCGAAGUUCCAAAGACCUGGCCUGACGAAGCCUGCAUUAAAUUCAAAAAUGUCUACAUGCGCUAUGCGGACGAUGACCUGCCUGUUUUGAAGAACUUAAAUAUAGUGAUCUAUCCAGGAGAAAAGGUUGGCAUUGUGGGAAGAACAGGCGCUGGAAAAUCAUCGCUAAUAUCCGCGCUAUUCCGAUUGGCGAAGGUGGAAGGAGUCAUCGAGAUUGAUGGCAAGGACACGGGUUCAAUUGCUUUGGAAGACUUACGACGUAAAAUAUCUAUCAUUCCCCAAGAUCCCGUUUUAUUCUCAGGCACACUAAGGCGAAAUUUAGAUCCCUUCGGCGAAUUCGCCGAUCAAGAUUUGUGGGAGGCACUUGAAGAGGUUGAGUUGAAGGAAGCGGUUAUCGCUAACGGAAAUGGCUUACAAAGUCGCGUAUUUGACAGGGGUAGUAAUUACAGCGUCGGGCAAAGACAACUGGUAUGCUUGGCGAGAGCUAUCCUGAGAAACAACCUUAUACUAAUGUUGGAUGAAGCGACCGCGAACGUGGAUCCACAUACAGACGCACUCAUCCAACGUACUAUCAGGAAGAAAUUUGCGACCUGCACGAUGCUCACAGUGGCACAUCGAUUGAACACUAUAAUGGACAGCGACAAAGUUCUAGUAAUGGAGAAAGGCCGUAUGGCUGAAUACGAUCAUCCUCACAUGUUGCUGCAAAACAGCCAUGGUCAAUUCACUUCGUUGGUAAGAGAAACCGGCCCGGGCAUGUACGAACAAUUAGUCAAGGUGGCAAAACAGUCAUACGUAAAAAAGUAUGGCGAAACGUAACGAAGCACGGGCGGAUUUUGAUAUUAAAACUUUUUUUUUUUGUUAGUUAAAUUUUUUUUAGAUUUAUAAGUCUCAAGGACAUGCUGUUACAUGUCUUUCUUUGGGACACUAUCCUGCAGACACGAUAUUUUUGUUAAGUAUUAUAACGUGUGAUGUUAAAUAUAUAGCGUUGAACAAAUCCAUAUUUUUGUAUAUCAUAUUAUUGUAUUUAAUGAACAGUGAGAUCGCUGUCAUAAUCCUGUCAUAAUAUUAAGUACAAGUCUUAAGCCAUGAUACUCCUAUAUUUUUCUACUCUACAUUUUGCAUUACUUCCAGAAAGCACAAAUAUUUAAGACAAUUUGAUAUUAAUAAAAAAUGUAAUAUUAUAUUGACACGAUGUAUCGGAAAGAAAACCAAAUUUUUUAAAUUAAAACAACCGUCAAAUAUA